AUUCAAUAUUGGCGCCAGUGGAUAUGACCGUAUGAUUUCGCUGAUCUAACUAACUCAGCGCCACUUCAAACAUCUGUCUGAGAGAAAUUACAUUCCAUAUUUCAUUUACGCAUACUUUACUUACUUGGAGCAAUAAUUCAGGAUUUGUCUGAUAUGUGCUUUUCGUACAGCUAUAUAGCCUAUUACGAAAUCAGGCUUUGCCCUGCAUAAAAUUUCUGCUGGUGUUGGGUAAUUUGUGCACAGUACAGACCUCAUAAUUGUCAUUACGUAUUGAAGUGUUAACAUUACCCUAGUAAUCAAAAACAAAACAGUGACUCUUUAUUUGCUCUAAAAAUAUACCACGUAUAGUACGACUGCUGUACCAUAUUCAUUGAAAGGGGUAUUAUAGUUGCUGUAGGUGCUGGAUUGAUCAUACGUUUCUGGUUUUGUGAGACGAAACACUAUGUCAUUUGUUUUCGAAUAAUGUAAAAUAGAAGACUGGGAAGUUUGAUUUCAUAUCAUAUGUUUUGUGGCAAUCUGGAUGUGUGACUGACAUGUACGACACUGUGUUUGUAUUCAUAGCAAUAUUGUUAAUAUGCAUUUUUACUCUGUUUGCUGUUUUUUACGGUUCUCCAACUAAACCCCUUUUGUUAGUGGUGUCAUUUGAUGGUUUCCGAUAUGAUUACAUAAAUAAGAACGUAACACCAACCCUACACAGUCUUCAUGAGAGAGGCGUUCACUCUCAAUAUAUGCGCAAUGUUUUUAUUACAAAAACGUUUCCAAAUCAUCACUCAAUAGCCACAGGUUUAUUUCCAAGUUCACACGGUGUUAUGGCAAGUAGUUUAUAUGAUGAGAGAUAUGGCAAAGUUAUUUCAUACAGCGAAGAACUGUGGAAAUUCGGAAACAGUGUUACUCCACUUUGGAGCCUAAAUGAAAAACUGAACCAUCGCAGUGGGGUUUACAUGUGGCCAGGAGGAGAGUUUGACUAUCAAGGUGUUCUCCCUACAUUUCUCACUACGUUUAAACCAUCUGUAUCAUGGACAGAUCGAGUCGAUGCAGUGUUAAAAUGGUUUAUGGAUCCUGUCACUCCAACAAACUUGGUGUUUCUCUAUUUUGAAGAGCCUGACAGCCAUUCACAUUUAUUUGGUCCUGAGUCACCGGAGGUGUUAAAGCAGAUUAUGAGGUGCGAUAAUAUAACUAAAUAUUUGUUUGACCAGAUUGCUGUUACUGGCUUAAGUAGUAAGCUUAAUGUAUUCCUUUUGAGUGAUCAUGGCAUGGACAGUGUAUCAGCAGACAGAAUAAUCAACUUGGCACUUUAUGUUAACAAAACAAAGUAUCUAACAGCCAGCACAUCACCGGCACUGCAUGUAAUUCCCAAAAAAGGUGAAUUUGAAGACGUAUACAAUGCUUUGAAAGUUGCUUCAGAAGUAGAAAACUUCACAGUUUACAAGAGAGAUGAAUUAUUUGAAAGAUGGCAUUACAAUAAUGAAAGAACCCCACCACUGUUGCUACUUGCAGAUAAAGGUUUUGCUUUUGAUGAUGUCUUGUAUGUUCCGGAUAGUCACCAAAGAAAUGGCCCAAGGACAUUUGGAGUUCAUGGUUAUGACAAUGAACUCCAGACAAUGCACUCUUUCUUCAUUGCUGUGGGUCCUCUACUAAAGAAGAAUUAUACAAUUCCACCAUUUGAUUCUGUUGACUUGUAUUCAUUAUUCUGCAAGAUUUUAGGGUUCUACAACCCUCCAACAAAUGGUUCACUUUCAAAUGUUAUAUCUAUGUUGAAAGAUGACACCGAAAUUAAAAUUCAUUGGAAAUGGAUAACCAUUUCAGGUUCUGUUAUAUUGCUCCUGUGCCUUUUUAUAUUUGCUGUUCAUUUGAUGCGAAAAGCACGCAGAUUAGAGGAGAGUAACAGUGACUAUACAUUAUUAAGUGACAGGGAGGCCUCAGAAGGAUGGGUAACAAAAUCACAGCAAGAAUGUCAUCAAGCUGAUAUCCAAAAUUUAAUUCAAAGUGAAGAGGAAUAAUUUUGUGCACUUUGUGAGAAGAAAAAUAUGAAUGCUUGUACACUGAUGUAAUGCUUUUUGCACAAAUCUAUUUUUACAAUAAAAUGCCUUUCAAAAAUGA